AUGCUCUUGGUUAUUGCCUUUGGGGUUCUGACGGCAAUGACGCUGCCCUUCCUUCUGAUGUGCAGCUCUGGCCAAGGAGGGGGGCCAGUGCUCAAGCAGAUGGACCCGGUCCUAAGCACGUUGGCCACCUACUCUGUGGGCAACCUGGAGAGGAUGCCAGCUGCGGACGCCACCGUCCACAUCAUGAACGAGUUCGUUGGCUCCAUGGCGCUGCUUGGGGUGCUUCUCCUGUAUCGCUUUGUCAUCAUCAAGCGGGCCACUUACACAACCAACGCGCGGAACCUGGCCAACUUGGCGGUGCAGGUGCGCGGCCUCCCCAAAGACCUGGGCUACCACCACCUGGACUACGAGGAGCUCAUCCGCGAACACUUCCAGACUGUGGCCUACGAGCGCGCGGUGCGGAUGGGCACCCAGCACGAGCUUGACGACCAGCCAGUGCGAGAGGUGGUCAUGUGGCGUGACUACCAGUCCGCUGUGUAUGGGGUGGUGAGACAGGUGGAGCUGCAGGCGCAGCAGCACGCCAUCUCCACGGAGCUGCAGUUCUUGGAGCAGAAGGCCGCCGAGGUGGGCUGA